AUGGCGCGUCGGAAGCGUUCUCCAAGUCCAUCAGAACUAUCAAGCUCCUCCUCGAGUGACUCAGAAGACUCCCAACCCACCCGCAAGCAUCCUACUAAGCAGAAGAAACAACGUUCAUCAAAGUCCGAUGACGAGAAACAAAAGCCGGAGAAGAAAGAAUCGAAAUCGGAUUUGCAUGAAGAGUACCUCGCAGCUGCACGCUGCAUCACCCGAUGCGUCGACAUGUUCUGCAAAAUCGAUAAGGUCAUCGACGUUGGCACCCUCCUGAAGCAGCGCGAACUUGCUGAUUCGGGAGACUUGUCUGAGGAUGACGAUGACGCGGCUCAUAGAGAGAAGCAACUAUCAAAAUUAUCUCAGAAAACAUGGGAUAGGUACCGGCAGAACUACAAGCGCUUACUAGAGCUCGCACCAGGCUUGAAACCUCUCAUAGCCGGCUCAAAGGACCCGAAGAAAGCGUCACAACUCAGGAAAAUUAUUCGCAAGAUGGAAUCUGUUAUUUCAGGUACUUGUUCGGAUGAUUCGACACGUUUGAAGAUACCAAUUUGUGAUUACGUGGCUCCGAAUCCGGCAGAGAAGGCUGUUGUGCCUCCUCUCCACGAUGGCAGUAGUGGUCGACGCACACAUUUAGGUGUAAACCACCCAGUCUUGGCCCGCUUUCUCUGCCCGAUUGGUGAGAUUGAAAACUUUAAUGAGGACCCAACAAGUACAAUUGAACGGUUACAAAGUGGCAAAAUUCGCAUGGAGGCAGACGCAUUCCCGGCGUUUCUUUGGAAUGGUGAUCUUCCUGGAGGCAACUACGACCCGGACAAUAUGAUGGACGGGUUUCUUGAUGGCUUCGUCCUCAAGCGCACCAUGAAACACAUAUUUACAGGCCCCUCUACUGCGUAUGGUGCGCAAUCACGUGGGACACGUCCAUCCAAUGCUGCGUUGCACGCUAUGACUACUGUCGAGCCUCCACACAUUGCUUAUGGCUGUGUACAAGUCCGAUUUGGAAUCAGCUCCAGAAAUACAUGGACCGAGGAGGACGGUGAUUUCAAUUAUCGCGACUUCUAUCGCUACAUCAUCGAGCUUAUCGAUGACUUACCUGACGAUGACAAGGAACGAUUGUUGAAACACUGGAACCUCAAACUCUUCAAGAAUGAGGAUGGACGCGACGUGGCCAAAGAUGAUGCUGACGAGCUUGGACCCUCGGGUGCUCGCAAGGGUGGCAGCGACUUGGCUCGCUUGCGCGCACAAAUGGCAGCUCGCAAUGCUGCAGCGAAGACUCACGCUACGGACUCAGAGCGCCCAGCUGCACCUCUACAUCGCCCACUGCCCACUCAAGAAAAUUUACCCCCUCCUCCAAGGACACCUCAACCCUCUUCACCAGUUGCCGGCAUCCCAAAGCCAGCUGCACCGAGUACACCCCCUCCUCCAGGGACACCUCCACCUUCUUCACUAGUUCGCAGCAUCCCACGUCCACGUCCUAUCCCCCGUUCCAUGAGGCCAGCUGUGUCAAGUCCAUUGGCUGCUCGGGAGAACUUACCGGCACCCCCUCCACCACCACCACCACCACCAUCAGCUCCUGCUCCACGGCCAGCGUCUCCACCAGCAAAGGCUGUAUCGCAAGCCAACGGCAACUCACCUGGCAGUGAACUGACGGCCUCCGACGAGGAAGAAGAACCCCAGCCGAAGCCGAAGAAGCGCAAGACGGCACCAGCCAAACGUGCCAAGGGCAAAUCCAAGGGACCGGUAGUCGAGGCUUCAGAUGACGAGUCUGAACUUCCGACCCGUUCAGGCAAGCGCAAGGCAGCUGUUCCCACUAGAUCCCAGCCCGCUAAGAAGAAGCAGAAGAAAUAA